CCAAACACAAAAACAAAAACAGAGACUCUCUCUCUCUCUCUCUUAUUUCCUCCAAUGGCGUCGGUUCCUCAGUUCUACGGCGAUUUCACAUUCACCAGCGAAACUCCUUCGCAGCAUCUCCCCUCCCUUAAUGGUUUAGAGGCUUACGGUUCUUUAGCAUUUAACCCUCAUGAUGUCGUCUCCAGCAAUACGACGUCAUUUGACAAUCUGUACGGCUACUUUCAGGCUGACGUGUCACCGACACCGGAGACCUUUUUCCCGGAAAGGUUGGGAAUUCCCGACAUGGCGCCGGAGUUCAACAACAACAUCGGUGCUUUUGGCAGUUAUGUGUGUGAUUUUAAUAAUACACUAUACUGUCAUCAAAUUAAUGGAGAAGAAUGCUACAGCCUUUCCCCGGAGCUCAAGCCGUUUUCCUCUCCAGCCCCCUCCCUUGAUCAGUAUUGGGUAUGCACUUAUGGUGCGGCAGGAGGAAGACAAAUUCCAGCGACUGAAGAGACGAACACAAAGAUCGGAAGAUAUUCAGUCGAGGAAAGGAAAGAUAGAAUUCUGAGGUAUUUGAAGAAAAAGAACCAAAGGAACUUCAACAAGACCAUCAAGUAUGUUUGUCGUAAAACCCUAGCUGACCGGAGGGUUAGGAUUCGAGGGAGAUUUGCAAGAAACAACGAGAUAUGUGAACAACUGUCACCCUCGAAGAAUAAUACCGAGAAAGAAGAAGAAAUAUAUUCCGGGGAUGACUAUAUAGCCCAGAUGGAGCACGACGACAGUUGGCUGCAAGAAGCAAUGUCCGACAUGAUUUACUUUCCCAGCGAAUCUUUCCUUGUCGCCGGAGAUAGUCAUGAAAGGACGUGGAACUUCUGAUCUUAAGUUUUAUGUGAUAACAUUUAGACAACUAAUUUAAACAAUAGAAAUUCAUGUCUUUUAUACGAUCGACGAACGAUUGAAUUAGUAUGUACGUCCGAUUUUUAUUGGAAUCUCCUACUCUUUUCCCCGUUUUCGAG